CGCUGACGCCACCAUGCCCAUAUAUGGGCCGACGCUGCCGUUCCGGGAACCCCCCGCGUUCCCGCCGCCCCCCCCCCCCCCCCGCGCGGCGGCGCUUCCCGGAAACCGCGGGGGGGCGGGGGUCGCGUCUUCCGGGUCCCCCCGCACCCCCCCCCCCCCCAGGGGACCGCGCGCCGGCCCCUUAAAGCGCUGCCCAUUUCAAACAGCGCCCCUUAAAGCCCCGCCCACCGACCCCGCCCACACAAGUAACCCCGCCCACCAGAAGCUCCGCCCCUGGAAAGUCACGCCCACCAGAAAGCCUUCGGGUCCCGCCCCUCGGAAGCCCCGCCCCCGGAAGCUCCGCAUGGCGCUGGAGCGGCUGGAGCGGGACCCCGCGUCCGUGGGCCGGUUCGGGUCCCCGGUGCCGCCGCUGUGCCGGAGCCGGCCCUGCGCGCUCGGCGUGGACGAGGCGGGGCGGGGCCCGGUGCUGGGCCCGAUGGUUUACGCCAUGUGCUACUGCCCCCUGGAGGCCGUGGAGGAGCUGCGCGCGCUGGGCGUGGCAGACUCGAAGACGCUGUCGGAGCCCGAGCGCGAGCGCCGCUUCUCGCGGCUGGAGGCGGCGGAGACGGUGGGGUGGGGGCUGCACCUGCUGCCCCCCGAGCGCAUCUCGGCCUGCAUGCUGCAGCGGGCCAAGUUCAAUCUCAACGAGCUGUCCCAGGAUGCGGCCGCCGGGCUGAUCCAGUUCGCGCUGGACGGGGGGGUCAACGUGGCGGAGGUGUUCGUGGACACCGUGGGUCCCGCUGACAAGUACGCGGCGAAGCUGCGGCGCCUUCCCGGUUUGGGGGUCACCGUGCGCCCCAAAGCCGACGGCACCUUCGCCGUGGUCAGCGCGGCCAGCAUCUGCGCCAAGGUCGCCCGCGAUCGCGCCGUCGCCCAUUGGCGCUUCCCCGAGGACCCCGACAUGGCCCGCGACUACGGGUCGGGGUACCCCAAUGACCCGCAGACCCGCGCGUGGCUGCGCCGGCAGCUCCAGCCCGUGUUCGGGUUCCCGCGGUUCGUGCGGUUCAGCUGGGGGACGGCGAGGGAGCUGCUGCGGGAGCGCGGGGUGACGGUGACCUGGCCCCCGCGGCCGCCCCCGCCCCCCCCCGCGCUGCUCUCCCCGUACUUCCGGGGCCCCCCCCGCGCCCCCCGCGCCCCCCACCGGUUCUUCCAGGAGCGGAGCCUGCGGAGCCUGAGCGACCUGUGACCCCGGAAACGGGACCCCCCGGAAACGGGGACCCCCCCGGAAACGGGACCCCCCCUGGAAACGGGGACCACCCCCCACCCCGAAACGGGGACCCCCCGACCCCCCCCGGCCCGGGACCCCAAUAAAGCCAAAAGCUCCUUUUGUUUAA